GCCUCGUCCGGUUGUAGGUGUAGCGGGAGGUGCUCCAGUGGCCGCGCGUGCAGCGCAGCAACAACAGCGAUCACCUUUUGUGUGUGAGCACGGCGGAAGCACGACGAGUAGUUCCCAAACUAAGACUACGGGCGGAGAAAACCCCGGCGCGGUCGUUGCAAUAGACGUAGCGCCACGAACUGCGUCAGGAGCCGACGCUGUCUCACAGAUGGAGGACAGCAUCCAGCGUAAUUGCAGGAUGGCAGCGCAAAACGUGCAAGAGGAUUCUUUCGUGAAGAAAAGUGGUAACCCUAGCACAAUUCAGGUUUGUUGAAGAAGGGGAACAGCACCAGCGUUCUAUUGCUGCUCGUCGACUUCUGUGCUUCUGCAGUAUCGUAUCUGUGGAUCAUGCACUCGUCAUCCAACUGACGACGAUCUUCAACGAACGACAAUCACGAAUUUUCCACAGUAGACCCACUACGGCCCGUAGCCUCGACCGACAUAGGUGUUGCGUGUAGUGUCGUUACAGGCGGGGGAACACGAACAAAAGACCGACAACGCAAAAUCUUCCGUGUCUUUCUUUUAGAUUUGGUACUAGCAGGAGACACACGCACCAUAUUCGUCGAAAUGGAGUAUUUUCGUAUUUGAUUGAGGUGUCGUCGUGCUCCAUUUCGUUUCUCGAUUGGAAUGAUGUGAUUGAGAUGCGCUUGCAUAGAAGUUCACAGUGCAGUGAUAGUGUGGUCAACAAAGAGAAACGAAAAAGAGUAAGAGUUGUCGUGUUAUAAUUACUGGUUACGAGGAAGCGUGACGGCAAUUAGAGAACCGCGCGACUGCUCAUGACAAUCAUGUCGUUGACGCUCAAGCUCUAAGCUAGGAAAACUUCCGCUUCGCUGCAAUGUCGACUCGCAUUCCAACUUGAGAUGUAGGAGCCGAAGUCUAAGUGCAGUGUGUCAGCAAACCGUGUUCGACUCCAGCCACCGUUGUAGUAGGUGUAUAGAACAAAAACAAUGUUGCAACACGACCCGUCGCCCUUCUCCUCCCCGGUGACCUUUGAUCGGGGCCGGGGCUCUUUCGGCCUGUACACCCACCAGUCGCCUUUUGCGCCCUCUAGGAGCCAUCAAGCGAAGACCGCGCUUCUCCGAACAGGUUCUUCCUCACUGUACACGGAAAAGCCAGAACCAAGGAGCAACAUGUCCUCCGCUGGUUUGGGUUUGCAAACCUCCCCCACCAUCAACACGACCUCAAAGUCGGACACGACGGUACAAACGGUUCUCGAAAAGUUGAGAAUCCAAGUCCUUGCAGUGCACUCCCGGAAAGCGCCACUCGCGCACCGCAGAAACUACUCACAAGUCGGCGCGAUCGCGAUGAGCUUCGCUGUUUUCCUGAUUCUGCUGCACUACUCGUUUUUCAUGCGGAAUUUUGUCUUCCACCACAACUUCAGGACGUUCAAUGGGACGAGUUACGACAAGAACGAACCCCCCUCCGCGACGAUCCAGCAUUUGAGGCAGCUGUUCACCUACCGCGGUAUCGUGCAGACGUUUCUUUUGGUGAUGGUUUUGUGGAGCUUCAUUCAAACCGCCAUCACGAACCCGGGCGCUCCACCGCCGAUCGUGAAGACGCCAUACGACGAGAAACUGAUUCGGAGAGACACCAACACGGAGAUUGUGUGUGAGUCCGUGAAGAAGGAAAUCAAAGGGCUGACCCAGGCGGAAAACGAGAGCCGGCAGCGGUACUGCAAGCACUGCGAGAACUACAAACCCGACCGUGUGCACCACUGCCGCUGGUGCAACGCUUGCGUGUUGCGGAUGGACCACCACUGUCCAUGGGUGAAUAACUGCAUCGGCUAUUUCAACAUGAAAUUCUUCCUGCAACUCCUGUUCUACGGAUUCUUCUUCGCGCUGUACCAUUGUUACUUGCUGUUCCACAUGAUCAAACAUCACUGGUGGUGGGUGCGACACGCGGCACGAGCAGGGGCGGGAAAUGCAGCUGGUGGGCAUGGGAAAAACCACCUCAAUGCUGAACGUGAUUCGUCGUGGUGGUCCUGGUUCUUUGGAAACAGCAGUAGCCACAUCGGAGGUGCUGGCGGGGGUGCUGACGCGAGCGGAAAAGCAAUAGCGAGCAGCGGAGCAGUCGGGACGUUCUCGAUUGUACAGUUUUUAUCUGUUGUUGUUCUCGCACAAUUCUUCAAGACUUUUUUCCAUUUGUUUUCCAAACAGUUAUUUCAUCAUCGCGGCCGGGCGGAGUGUGAGACCCACUUGCGAUCUUGUCGCAUUUGCAGUUCGUGUUCGUUAAUAUUCGGGAAAUAACUCUUAACAGGGCUUCUACCUCUCCGCACUAAUUUCCUUCGCGCUUUUCUUUGCGAUAACGGGUCUGACGAUUUUUCACUUUGCUGGCCUGUUUCUGGACCGCACCAGCAUCGAGAUGAUGGAUCCGCGGAAACGCGUGUCCGUGAGACAAAAAGUUGUUUCCGUCCUGGGCCGAAACGUACGCCACUGGUUCCUGCCUUACCAGCCAGAGCUACCGGGAGACGGUAUUACGUGGCACUUUCCGCUUGUGUAGGUCAGUGAUGGCACCACCACCGGUAGAGCAGUGGCUGGCGGCUCUUGAAAGUUGAUUCUUGUAUGAUUUGAUUUUGAAGCACGAGGUCGAGCUUCUCGGCACCUUGCUCUUUUCGAUGAUUGAUAAACAUCGAUGAUGUUCCAAGAAGUAGCAGAGAGCCAUCUGCGGAGGAUAAUCGACAAUUAGGUUCCAUGAAUGUAUUGAUGCAAGUCCCCCUGUAAAAAAUGAUGUAGCGCCGGUGCCACUGCGACAGGAUAACGAUGUUUCCUUGUCUCACCGUACUGGCCUCACUGCACCCAUCAGACGGUUGAAAUUACAAAGCGAUCUUAGUAUUCGUGUUUGAAUGACCGUUCCGUGGCGACGCUGUGUGUGGGUCCCGUCCCGCAAUGUAACAAUGAAUCAACAAUAAAGAAGGAACCCACGUCGACC